AUGUUCAUUGGACAAGGUCAGUCGGGAAAAACAAGUUUAAAGAGGUCAUUAAAAGGAGAACGUUUCAACCCAGAAGAAACUAUUACCAAAGGAAUAGAGAGUGACCCAUCCUACUGCAAAGUUUCCCAAGAGGUAUGGAAAAUAGGAGAAAGUGGAGAUGAAGCAACAAAUUCAGAUCCAGCACCCAUUUCCUAUGAACAAUGUGCAGCUCAAUGCAUUUUCACGAGCCUUAAAGAAGGGAUAAAUUCAAUACAGAUGAAAAAUGAUGAUGCGUCAAAUCUUGAAAGUGGGAUUGACUCUUCCAACUCCAAAGUUUUCCAAAAGGUUUGGGAAAAAGCAGCAAUAAAGGAGGCUGGACAAGAGGUACCGGAUGAGAUAGCUGCUUUGGUUGAAAAUUUGCUUCAACUAGAAGAAGCCGAAGGUGCCCAAGGUAAAGAAGGUCUGUACUCAGUUUUGUGGGAUUUUGGUGGACAAUCUGUCUAUUACGCCACCCAUCCUUUAUUUCUCACAACAAGGGCGAUUUACCUUUUAGCUUACGACUUAAGUCGAGAUCCAGAUGGUAAAGUCAGCCCUCAAGUGAAGCGCGGAUUCUACGAGGAUAUCGAGGAUGUUUUCUGUGAAAGGAGUAACAUGGAUUAUCUUGACUUGUGGAUGUCCUCUGUAUCUAGUUUGGUUCUGGAAGACGAAGACCUCCAGGAAAUGUUUGCAUCUGAAAUAUUACCAGAAAGGCUUCCCCCAGUUUUCCUUGUUUGCACUCACGCUGAUAAACCUUUUCAAGGUUUAGAUCCUCAUGCGUUGGCCCGCAAGAUAUUUGGCUCACUGAAGACGCGGGUUUAUGGUAAACAUCUAGUUGAUGUCUUUGUUGUAGACAACACUAAAUCCGGAAGUGUUGAAAAAUGUCCAGGGGUCGAUCAUCUGAGAAAAGAGGUAGAAACUGUUGCGAAUGAAUUACCACAAAUGAAAGAGGCAAUUCCGAUCAAGUGGUUGAAGUUUGAAAAGGAAAUGAAGGAGAAGAAUCAAGAUGGCCAUAAGUGGAUUUCUCUCGAUGAGGCCAAAAAUAUUGCAACCGAAAAAUGUGGUAUUUCCAGCACUGAACAAUUUGUGGCAAUGUUGAACUUCUUACAUGAUCAGAGAAUUUUAGUUCAUUUUGACCACACUAAACAGUUAAAGAGAAUGGUGAUCUUGGACCCUCAGUGGUUGGUAGAUGUCUUCAAGGAGGUAAUUACCAUAAGGCCAUACCGAAGCCGAGAGAGAAAAUACGAGCAACUGUGGCUGAAGCUUGAGAGAACAGGAAUCUUGAAAGAAGAGCUCUUGCAACAUGUAUGGGGCCCCUUGUUUGACAACCGAGAAACUUGUCAAACUCUCAUUGCCUUGAUGGAAAAAUUCUGCUUGUUAUGUCCCUUGUCGUCGUCAGUCGCGACUGAUUCACCAACUGAAUAUCUUGUACCUUCCAUGUUGAAGUUCCCACCGCUGGAGGAUGUAAGGAAGCUGAUAGCCUUUGCAGGGAUCCCGUCACUUUAUCUCAAGUUCAAGUCCACUCAAGUACCGUCUGGCCUUUUUCCUCGUGUGGUCUUAAUGGUCUUUCAGUGGUGCACAAAGGAGUUUUCCAGUCAAACACGACCUCAAUUACAUCAAAACUUUGCUAGAUUUUACACACAUCCCGCUGAAGGUUGUUCUGUAAUACUCCAAUGCCAUUCUUCCUUCAUUGAGGUAGUUGUUCACAAAGAAAGAUGUGCCGCUGGACUCUCAUCGGAUGUAGAAUCAGGACUGAAUUUGCGUUCAAAAUCCACAUACGACCCCUUUCAGGUGGAUUUUGCUCGUGCAAUUUGUCGACGACUAGGACUGAUUCUCGAGUGUAUGCGAAAAGAGUUUCCUUGGCUAAAGAACAUGGCAUAUGAUCUUUUAGUAUGCUGUCCAGUGUGUUGUGCAAGUCGUUCUGUGAAUCAUUGCAGCGACCAUAAUGUACGUGGUUGUAAGAAAGAGCAAUGCCUGCACCUGUGGUCAGAGUCUCAGCUCUUCGCUAGCCAUGGGUUUAUUGUAUGCACCCGGUCGGUUGUUGCCGUAAAUUGCAAAGUUCCUGUUGAUUUUGUUGGAUUCUGGUUUGGAUCUCUAGAGGAACGGGUAAUAUUCUAAUGAAUCUAUACCCCCUAUUCAUGAGUUUUUCUUGUCAAUUACGAGUUCAUUCUCCGCACCCAAAAUUAAUUCCUUGAAAUUAAAUCUCUUUACCUCAAGUUACCACGUUAAGACAGUACAUGGAUUUUUGACGAAAGCUUGCUGGAUAAAAUAUUACUCGUCAUUCCCUCAAUUAUCUCCACUGUUAUUAUCAAAAGCAAAUGAUUUACUUCCUGAAAUAGGGAUUGCGGUGCAGGCAGUCGUGUAACUCAAAACACAGGACGUCUUGAUGCCUCUAACGAAUCCUUAGAUUUCUUGACUAAAACAGUGGUACUGCGGACGAUAUAAAAGCGGUAAUUUCUUGAUUUUUUUUUUUUCAUAUAGCAAGCCGGCACUGAUGGAUAUGACGAAAAGAGCCCCUUGCCUAGCAGUGGAGAUGGUAAGCUUCUGUUAUGUAGCUGUUUAGUUAUAAAAUAAUUCUUUGGUAGACCAUUAGAUUUUUCACCCAACUUAGCCAGUCAGUUUCAGAUCUAAACGAUUGUCGUAUUUCAGUUGUGUUGAUGUAGAAAAUAAUUGAACGAUAUAAGCAAAUUAGGUAUCCUUCUAUGUAUCCUUGUUUCAUUAUUUUCCUCUUUUGUAUUCAUUGUAUAUGUUUUGACACCAUUACAUUUGCAAUCCAGCCCAUAACGAUCAAGCAGUUGUCCUGUGUGGUGGGGUGCUUAAGGCCCUGGCGACACAAACGUGCGAUGCAAGUGAUGUUGUGGCCCAAUUUCAGCAAAGUCUCUCCUUGGAGAACUCUUCAUUGAAACAACCAGACCCUGAUACUAAGAAGAAGAUCCGCUACCUUUGUUUAAAGGCUAAUACUGCGAACAAGCCGGAAGUUGUCAAAAAACUGAGAGAAAUUGUUCCUGCGGGUACAACAGGUGAAUUGAAAUACACCUCUGCUGAUGUUAGUGGGAUGUCGGGUUAUGCUUCUUAGGGAGUGUCAUUUUUGCGUUAGGCCUAAAUUUUUUAAGGUGCACUAGUCAUUAUCAUUUUGUUACCUUUACAUGUGUCACGGAGAGAGUAAAUUAGACCUUAUGUCUUGUUCGUAUGCAGCACUAUUUUUAUGUUAGGGUCAGCAACGGCUCAGUCAUAAUGCUCAUCUAGUCCUAUCGAGCUUAACCAGAUAUAGUGAUACGGUCAUUUGACUAUGUACAGGGCUACAAGCAUGGUACACUUCCGAGAAUUCGUUGUGUCGACAAAGUGAUGAUUUGGUGAAAGUAGUAUGUUGCAGCCAUAGAAUGUGCAUUAGGUGUGACAAUGGUGUCUGCCAGAAAAGAAAAUGUUUUUAUCUUGUAUGAAAAAAAUACCACCCUAACCGUACCCUCAGUUGUUUAUUUUUUGCUUUUAUAAAUAAAUCGUUCUUCCGGUAGGUCCUUUGUUGCCUGAAGAGUUUGAUGUUGCCAUGAUUCCUUUGCGUUUGAGAAACGAAUUAACGAUAAACUUUAGCGGUGAGGCGAAACACUUUGUUAAUACUUACUACUCUAUAGUUAUUGCUAAACGUUUUCCACAUUCCUCCGUUUUAUUGCAAAUUUUCUCGACUGUAUUAAUGGCUGUAAGCACUUCAUCUCAAAAGGUCCACUCAGUGCGAAAAUUCUAUCGUCGCAAUUUCUCUCUCGUAAUUAACAAGGAAGGGCAUAGGAUUAAAAUGAAGAGUUAGAAGUCUUAAGUGUUCAGGGCUCAAUACAUAGCUACUUCUGGAAAUACACGGCAUGCACUUAAGACAAAUUAUUGGAUAAUCCUCUGCUUCUCGAUUCACUCACUCAGAGUUGCACUCAACGCCUCCUCUUCCUCCUCCUCCUUUCGCGUGUAGUCCACCAGAACCACAUCAAGGGUAUACAUAAAGGGAAUUCUGAGGUGCUUGUGACCCCUUCCUUCCCUUCUGUGUGAUAUAUCUUGAAGUCAGCAACGUACAAACCCUAUUAUUAAGCGGCUGCUACAUGCGCCGUAACAGACUUUCGUUCGGUCUCUCCUCGAAACUCCUUGUAAAAUGAAUUUAAACCUUCCAAGGAAAUAGACUGGAUAGAGAAGAGCACUAAGGCGAUCGUUAUCAUUCUCUCACUAACGUAAUAUUCCGAAGCGUGGCCGCACUGGAGCGACAAAUAAUCAUUUAGAUUCCUUGAAGAACUUUCAAAUUCUAAUGAUUUAAAAGACGUUAUUGCCAGGACUCAAUAUUUUUGCGUUUUUUUACCCUUAGGUGGAGAAGAGUGGAUGUUCCUUGCGGAAAAACUGGGUUUGACUCCAGCAGAAAUCAGAUUCCUCGACAAGCGAGUUUUUAAUCCAUGUGACGCCGUCCUGGUGCAUGCUCGAAAACAGCGGUUGAUACUGAAUGUAGGAGAUCUGUAUGAUAGAUUGGUAGAGUGUGAAUUGCCACGUUUAGCUGAUAUACUGUAAAGAAACACAAUUACCAACGGCUCUCAACAUUUGUCAGAAUUAGGCAGCCAGAGUGCUCCGUUCAUAACCUAACUUGUAGUUACCAGUCAGAUCAGUUAGUACCCAUAUUGUAGUUGGUCUUAAUUCUACUCUGAUAGUAACGUUCAAAAAGUAAUACAAUUUUGGUAGUUUAGGUCCUAUCAACUAUUAGGGGCCUAAUGUUAGGAUUAAUUUCUGUGCUCAAAAUUAUUUGCAACUUAUUGAAGUUUCGGACUAUGCACUCGCGCUAUGCAAGUUUUAUCUGUCUUUUGAAUUGUUUGAUGGAUUGAUUGAUUGAUGAGAAAAACAGGCCAUUUUGUACAAUUGAAAAUCACCAAAUGGCUUAUGAAUACCAUAUUAACGAAAAUGUGAUGUCAAGCUAGUAUCAGCUACUUAUCAGAGCAGGGACUAGCAUUACGUAUUUGGUUUCGUGAAGGGAGAAGAGAAGGAUAUCUUCCAAAUGGAUCUUUGCAGUCGUCAAGGAAGGUGUCCCUUGACGUUUUUUAAUCAGUAUAACCCUAUGUUUGGUUUGAAAAAAGAGAGGAGAGACGUCAACUUGUGAGCCUCCCAAGGUCACAUGACGUACUAGUUUAGAAGUGUAAGUAACGUAAACAAGUUACGGCAAACUUUACUUUCGUAAACUGUAUGAGGUUAAAACGAUAAAAAAUAUAUCAAAAUCAUACAAAUAACCAAAAAAAUUUGAUGCAAAACAAAGGUAAAGAAUGUUAAAAAUUGUUUCUCUUACCGAGGAUGUUGUUUUCAAAGCGUAGGCAUAGAAUAGAAACAAAAGUACAUGUAUUUUUAUAUACUGGUAACUAUUUUUAUAUACUGGUAACUAUUUUUCUAGAAAAGAACUGUGGUAAAUCGGUUGAAGAUUAUCCGGGUUCAUAUUGUCAACAUAGUCACUGCACAAAGUUCAUCGUGAUUUGAUCCAAGUUAGACAACACGGCGGGGGUCUCAAAAUGACCUAAGACAAAUGUUUUCUCAUUGUUAGCGACUUAUACUUAAAGAUGUUGGGAGGCGUUCGAUCCGUUGAGGAGAGGGAAGUUUUUAGUCCGCAGCUGCGGAAAUUUCACAGGUUUUCGAGCAAAGAAAUACCUGAGAUUUGAACAGUGAUUUCAUUUAUUUGUUGGUUUUAAUACACUUUUCAUCGAUCGAAAUCAGUACGGUCAUUAGUUCGGUUUCCAUCCCUCUCUUGGCCCGAAUUUGCCUUUACCUUAUCUAGUCUGGUUAAUGUACCCAUGGGGGGAUGGAUCCAUUAGGAAGGACAGGGGCAGGUGGAAAUGGUGUGGAAAAAUCCAAGCCAUAAAUAAAUGCAACCGUGUUCUUGUCCGAGUUAUCUCUCAGGAGAAUUAAACUAAUGAAGGAGAUUUUACCGAAAAAAGUUUCUGUGACCAUCGAACUUCUUGGCCCACCGGUUUGCCUUUGAGUAAAAAUAAAAAGUUAA